AUGCCAAUUCAACUCACGUCCAGCGCAUCUAUCAGCAACGAUGUCCCCGAUCGCCCGCUGGUGUUCACCGUCGAGGGCCGGUACCAGAACUGGAUCAAGCCGCUGAUCCUGCUGGAAUCGCUGGGGAUCCCACACGACGUCGUCGUGCUUGACGGGCCAACGACACGCACCGACUGGUUCACGGCGCUGCAUCCGCAACGCUACGUGCCUGCUCUGCUCGACGGAGUAGAUGGCCAGCGCACGUAUGUAUGGGACAGCUCGGCCAUGCUCGAGUACCUGGCGGAGCGGUACGAUACAGCGCACGCAUGGAGCGGGCGAGACAUGUGCGAGAAGAACGAGAUCCGCAACUGGCUUACGUUUGAGACGGCAUCCCUAGGACCGACGGCAAAGUACUGGGUGUGGUAUGAGAUGCGAACCGGCGAGGCCGUCAACCCUGCCGCGCAGGAGAAGCUGUUCAAUGAUCUCCGGGUGCAGUACGGCAUCAUCAACGCCCGCCUGAGCGAGCCCGGGCAACACUGGCUGGGCGCCAAAGACCGGCCCACCAUUGCAGACAUCGCCACCUACCCCUUUGCCGACGUCGAGACGACCGCCCGCAUCGGCAUGCCGAUGGAGCAGUGGCCGGCGCUGGUGGCCUGGAGAGACCGGAUGGCGACGCUGCCGGGGGUGGUCAAGCCGUAUGCCGAGAAGGACUCGUGGCGGGCGAUGGAGAUUAGAUGA